AUGAUUUCAUUAAAGUCGAGGAUCAACGAGGGAACAGAGAGACGUCGCGCGACCAACUCGGUCCGCUCCAGAACCCGUAAUCUCUCACUACGCUGCUCUGCGAGGAAAUGUCUUUUGGGCUCUGUUUCUCCGUAG